UUCGUAAAUAAACUUAAAACUUCCUGGAAAAUAAAUUAGUUUCUUUGCUAGGUGGAUUGAUACAUAGUUAUUAGACCUAUCGGUGCUUCGAAGAACAUUUUUAAUAUAAAACAUGGAUGAAGAUGAAUUGGUUUUGCCACCUAUUUAUAACUUCACUCCAUUAAGGGCUCUUAGGGUAGCUUCACGAUGGAAACUGUCGCGUUUUUUAGAUCUUGAAGGAGUACUUGUCGUGGUAAAUAAUGACGGUAUUGCUUCUGAAGUUCUGAAUAACUAUACCGGACUGGCGGAGCUUGCCGGGUUUAACUACCAAGAUAUAAUGAACAUGGAACGACAGAGGAGCCCAACCACUGAGUUACUGGAUCUGUGGACAGGCCAAAAUGGGACCGUAGGGAAACUCUGGAUGUAUCUCUAUAUGAUGGACCGUUAUGAUGUUCUAUCUGACUGCCGACGGCCGAUUGUUCUUGACUGUUGCAAAUAUGAAGAACAACAACAAUUGAAGGCAGAUGCAGAGUGGUACAACAUUGAACAAGAUCCGACAGUUACAACAUCUGAGAUGAGAGUAAAUGAAGAAAAAUAUGCCACAAAACAGGACGUUGAGAGUGGAAAGACAACCUUCUAUGAUGCUUUCAUAUGCUACACAGCAGAGGAUGAAAAUGAUCGCCAAUUCCUGUACAAAAUGAUCAAUGAACUUGAGGUUGAACGUGGUCUUAAACUAUUUGUACCGGGAAGGGAUGAUCUGCCGGGUUCUGCUGAGUACACCAUCACAGCGUAUCUCAUCGAAAAAAGAUGUACACGAGUGGUGAUAUUGGUGUCAAGGAAGUUUUUGCAGAGUGCAGCUUGUGACUUCCAAGUCAAAUUUGCUUUUGCCCUUGCUCCAGGUGCGAGAAGUAAGAAGUUGAUUCCUGUUAUCCGCGAGAAAAACACACCGUUGCCGAGAAUUCUUCGGUUCUUGGCCGUAUGUGAUUUCACCAAGUCCGACAUGGUUGAAUGGGUCUGGGAUCGACUCUUCACGGCAAUCAUUGCACCAGUUGGACCGACAACCUAUUUCGAGGAGGAAGAUCCAUCAAAUCCUUUCGAUAUGAGUGAUGAAAGUCUGAAAGAUAUCAAAUUUCCCGCCCAUCGUCGUCUUGAUGAGCACGAAGACAGCUCAGACCAUAUGCACGUACAAUCCAGGCCCGGAAGUAGGCCGAUCGGUGUAUGUGCUGGUACCCGGCCGAGAGAACCAAUGGAAUACAACGUGUCGUCAAUGCCCUUGGGUCAACCGACAUCCAACAUGCAACCACAAUUUCAAUCAUCUGUUAAACGUAGUUCAGUUCCACCGGAAACGAAAGGAAGGUCAUCUCAGAGGGGAGCAACCGGAAGUGUGAAACAAUCAAAAGUUGCUCCUGCGAAAAGGCCAGACAAAUUUAAAAAUAAAAAACAAGUACCUUGUCAGCGGCAACAACCUUCUACGGACAACAAGACAAUUUCCUCUUCAGUAUCCACAGAACAUUUCGUGUAAUAGAAAUAAGAUGGGAUCUGUUUAUUUAUAGAUUCUAACUGCACUGACAAAAUUUCUUUUCUGUAUAUAUCACCUGUAUCUUUUGAUCGUUUCAGAUGACCGCUCUGUCUGCCCGUCUGUACAGCAUUUAGUUUCUAAUAAAGAAAAUGGGCAAAUACUAGGACCUGCAGUUGUCAAACAUCAUAGAAUGGUUUUGCCUUUGGUCAUAAGUUAAAUCCUUCAUGGUUCCAAGGUCUGUCUGUCGAAGGCAUAUAUAUAUAAUCUCCGUUGUAUAAAAGUGAAAUUAGAAUUAAAUAGAGAAACCAGACAACUUGCCUUAUUCAAACAUUCCUGUUGCAACAGUACCAGUGCAGUACUAUACUGAACUUAUACAGAAAAGUUUCCGUUUUGAAACCGUUAUAUAGGGUGUUUUACAUUCCCGUCCAGUUUCAUCGAUCUUCGGGAUGUGUUAAAUAAAGAAGAAAGUUUGUGUUCGUCUUGCUUUUGUAGAAUACAAGUAAUGUAAAAGAUUUUGUACUUUAUUAGAAUUGCAUUCUAGAAUAUUGUUGCUAAAUACUGUCGAAUUGUAUAUUUAGUUCUAAAUAACAUGAACAUUGAGAAUGCGGUUUACAUGUGGUUUAUUAUCAUAUACCUUACACAUUCUGUACAAGAUAUGACUAGAAUUUUACAAACAGAUACGGAGUGAGAGAUCAAAAUCCGUAUUACACUAUGUAUAGAGCAAUAUAUUCUUAUCUAUUCAAUAUCAUGCCUGUGUCUGAUCUGUCUAAUAGAAAUAUUCAUGAUGUGCUAAAUGUUUCAGUCAUUUUUUAUUCGAUAAAACAGGAAAAAUAGUUAUACGUAAAAGAAUAUAUAAUAACAGCAGUUUAAUCUCGGAUGUCUAUGGCACUGAUACAUUUCACAAGGCUGGAACACAUUCGAUGCUAUGUCAAGUCAAAAUUAUGCUACUGUUGAAAGAAACCUUAGUAUAGACCCUGUGUACAUAUAAAUAUAUAAACAGAUUAAAAAGUAUAUACAGAUGUUCCUAC